AUGCGCGCCUGCCUCCUCCUCCUCCUCGUCUCUGUCGUCGCGCUGUCGCUGCUCCGCCCGGCGCGAUGCCAGCCACCGGGCGUCAUCGACCGCGCGCCGCCGCCGAUCGCGCAGGUGAUCGAGGGCGCGCCGCCGCUGCCGGUCGUGCAGCCGCAGGACCUCCAGAAGGAGCUCCAGCCCGUCAGCGACAAGCUCACCGCCGAGCUGCAGAGGAAGUACGGCUUCUGCAUGGCUGACGCGCAAAGUGAUUUCAACCAGACGUUCGACUACACCUCCGACCCGAGCUUCGCCUCCGACUGCAUGGAGCAGACCAGAGGGCAAAUGACCGCAAUGCUGUGUGGGAGGGCUGAAAUAGAGUUAUACAUCAAAAGCUUGGCUGACGCUAGCAGUCGCAGUAACCCCAGGAUAAGUCUGAACUGCAACCAAAACUCAUGGGCACUCAGGUGCCAGCCCGGCUGGGCUUGCAUGUUAUCGGCCACUGAACCAUCUGAUGAUGAAUUGGUUCCACUAAGAGCAGAGAGCUGCAGGCCAUGUUGUCCGGGUUUCUUCUGCCCCCGGGGCCUGACAUGCAUGAUGCCUUGUCCUUUGGGUGCUUAUUGUCCUCUUGGGACAUUGAAUGACACUACUGGCCUUUGUGAUCCGUAUUUUUACCAAGUAACUCCAGGAAAGAACACUGCAUGUGGUACAGCAGAUUCUUGGGCUGAUAUUGUUACAACUAAUGAUGUCUUCUGCCCUCCAGGGCACUACUGUCCAACCACAACCCAGAAAUACAAUUGCAGCAGCGGGCACUAUUGCCGCAAAGGUUCCACCGAUGAAAAGAAGUGCUUUUGGAAAAACACUUGCAAGGAUAAUGCGAUAAAAGAAGAUUUGACUUUAUAUGGCAUUAUAUUAAUUGCUAUCUUGGGCUUUGUUUUGCUACUGGUGUACAACUGCUCUGGCCUAUUCAUUUUACUUCAAGUAAAAAUGUCAUCUAGAUCUCGUAAAAAGGCUGCAAAAAGGGCAGAUAAAUCAGCCGCAGCACGUGAAAGAUGGAAAUUAGCAAAAGAACUUGUACUACGGCAUGAGGUUCCCACUGAAAGGUUCGGGCAUGCAUAUAAUCAGGCAGACACGGAUGGAGCUACGAAGAUAAACAAUGAUAAAUUAACAUUCUCUGGAGUGGUGUCUCUAGCUACUGAAAUUAGGCCACGAAGGCCAACACUUGAAGUGGCUUUCAGAGGUCUAACACUAUCUAUUGGAAAAAAGAAACUUCUGCAAUGUGUUACAGGAAAACUUUCACCAGGUAGGGUAACAGCUAUCAUGGGCCCUUCUGGAGCAGGAAAGACUACUUUUCUCAAUGCUGUAUUAGGUAAAACGUCUGGGUACAAGAAGGAUGGGAUAGUCCUUAUAAAUGGGUUACCUGGAUUAAUGCGGUCAUAUAAGAAGAUCAUUGGUUUUGUGCCUCAAGACGAUAUUGUCCAUGGGAAUCUGACUGUUGAGGAAAAUCUGUGGUUUAGUUCAUGUUGCAGGUUAAGCAAAGGCAUGUCAAGAUCUGAUAAGGUUAGGGUUCUUGAACGGGUUAUUGGAUCAUUAGGGCUUCAAGAAAUUAGAAAUUCCCUUGUUGGGACAGUGGAGAAGCGGGGCAUUUCCGGAGGACAAAGGAAGCGUGUUAAUGUUGGGAUUGAAAUGGUUAUGGAACCAUCUCUUCUGAUAUUAGACGAGCCAACUACAGGCUUAGACAGUGCUUCCUCUCAGCUACUUCUAAGGGCACUUCGACAUGAAGCACUUGAAGGUGUAAAUGUUUGUGCAGUGGUUCACCAACCAAGCUAUACUUUGUUCAACAUGUUUGAUGACUUUGUCCUUUUGGCAAGAGGUGGCCUUAUUGCUUAUCAUGGACCUAUAUAUGAAGUUGAAACGUACUUCGCAGGUCUGGGGAUCAUGGUGCCAGGCCGUGAGAAUCCUCCAGACUAUUUCAUUGACAUUUUAGAGGGAAUAGUAAAGACAAAAAUGAGGGGAAAUGUCACUCCUAAACACUUGCCACUCCUUUGGAUGCUACAUAAUGGUUAUGAAGUUCCAGAUGAUUUGCAGAAGGACCUUGAGAAUAUCAAUACAAUUCGUGAGUUAUAUACUGUUCGGUCCAUUAGCGAACAGUCUUCAGAAGAACAGUCAGAAAAUACAGAUUCUGUGCACCGUAAUCUGAGUCAAUCAAAUGAAUUACUGGAAAGGAAAACACCUGGUGUGUUUGCACAAUACGGAUACUAUUUGGGGAGGGUAGCAAAGCAACGGUUGCGUGAAGCUACACAGCAGGCCGUUGAUUACCUAAUAUUGUGUAUUGCUGGCAUAUGCAUUGGGACAAUUGCUAGAGUUCGAGAUGAUUCAUUCGGUGUAGCUUCUUAUGGAUAUACCAUAAUGGCAGUUUCACUGUUAUGCCAGCUUGCGUCAUUGCGGUCAUUUUCACCUGAAAAAUUGCAAUAUUGGAGGGAGAGACAAUCCGGCAUGAGCUCUCUAGCUUACUUUCUUGCAAGAGAUACUAUUGAUCAUUUCAAUACUGCCGUUAAGCCAAUCAUCUUUCUCUCAACAUUUUAUUUCUUCAACAACCCUCGGUCGACUCUUAGAGACAAUUAUUUGGUUUUGCUGGCCCUAAUUUAUUGUGUAACCGGCAUAGGUUACACUUUUGCUAUUUGGUUUGAGCUCGGAUUAGCGCAGUUGGUCUUGAAAUUUUAUGGACAAGAGGGGGCAGGGUUGAGCAGAUUGAAGGCAGUCAGAAUUAAUAAGGACCGAUAUAUGAACCAGCCUAUCUCCAAACGGCAAACGACGCGGUCGGCGCCGGAGGUCGGCGGUGGCAGCAUGAUUCCAGAUGAGGUGCUGCUGUUGGAGAUCCUCGUGCGCCUUCCUGUGAAGUCCCUUGUGCGCUUGAAAUCCGUCUACAAGGCGUGGUGCGCUACCAUAGCCAGCGCUCAUUUCAUCGGCUUGCACUUGGAGCUUGCAAGAGCUACUAGCUCAUCAUCCAUGAUCAUAGUUCCCCGGAAGUACCAGCCGGAACCGACGAAGCUGGCCUCUCGGUUCGUGCACAUCUACAGCUUCCAGCCAGCAACACAGAGCAAGGUCGCCAAGCUCGUUUUGAAGAACAAGCCUCUUCCCAAUGGCAUCUCAGUAUUCAGCAUUCCCCUGCACUGCGAUGGAUUGGUUCUGAUCCCCAGCGUCACAGGGCACAUAUUCGUGUGCAACCCGGCCACCAAGGAGUUUGUCGAGUUGCCGCCGGGCACCCGGAAUGUGUCGUUGAACCAAAGGGUUGCCUUUGGCUUCGAUCCUUCCAGUGUGAAGGACAAAUAUAUACACGACGUUGGACAUGAUGUCUUGACGUUUGGCGAUGGCAGAGAGAUGUUGGAAUGGAAAGCCACCAUUGAUCCACCUUACCCUAUCAAUGCCAGGACUCCUAUUUGCUUGCCAGGAUUCUUCUAUUGGAGUGCGGUCCAGUCUGUGGCUGACGCUGACCACGGCAACCUCGCCACAGAUGUUAUCCUUCUAUUCAGCUUGCGUGAUGAUACGUUCACUGUGCACCCCAAUCCUCCAUGCAGGAGCUGCCUAAGUCCCAAUGACCUUCUGUGUGAGCUAAGUGGCAAGCUGUGCUAUGUCCACUCCCCCUCCCCGUGUGAAGUCUCCAUUUGGUUAGCACAAGAUGGACAAAACAUAAUAACAUGGUCGCUAUGUUGUCGUUUCAAUCUGCCCAUACCAAGGAUUCUUCGUGUUUUUGCUUGUGCUUCAGCUGAUCAAGACAUAGUAUUCCUCUCCGUGGAUGCCCGACACCUUUUCAAGUGCAACCUCCAUGAUGGAUCUCUUGAAACAGUAGUCAGUAUGCCAUAUGGCUUGUCGUAUGACCACGGGGAAGGGGUAAAUUUCGUCCUUGGUUCACUCCCUUUUUCGCAUUACAUGGUGCCAUAUGUGGAAUCUUUGCUGCGUAUUGGACCAUGCUAG